ACGUCAAACAUGUUCAAAAACCAUACUAAUUUGUUUACAUUGGCUGGGUGGACCACUCAUCGUUUGACGGCAUACCGGAACACACCUUUGAUUUUUUUUGGUCAUUUAAAAAAACAUCAUGAGUGGUGAUAUUGUUUAUAUAGUAGAAGCAGCUAGAACACCAAUUGGCAAUUUUAAUGGCACUCUUUCCAAGUUGAAGGCUUCCGAUUUGGGAGGAAUAGUAAUUAGAGAUUUGUUAAAACGGGCCAAUGUAAAUGCAAAUGAAGUCAAUGAAGUCAUAAUGGGGCAGGCACUUACUGCUGGUCAAGGACAAAACCCAGCAAGACAAGCUGCCUUAAAGGGGGGCUUGCCAAUUGAAGUACCUGCUUACAAUAUCAAUAUGCUGUGUGGUUCUGGCUUAAAAACUGUUGCCUUAGGUUACCAAUCAAUACGUUGUGGUGACGCGUCUAUCGUCAUUUGUGGUGGUCAAGAGAAUAUGAGUUUGGCUCCACAUGUCAUUCAUUUGCGUCAUGGUGUUAAGAUGGGGUCAGGCACCAUGCUCGAUAGCAUGACACACGAUGGUCUUACAGAUGCUAUGGAAUGUAUUCAUAUGGGAAUAACAGCGGAAAACUUGGCAAAAGACUAUAAUAUCUGUAGAGAAGAUCAAGAUAAAUAUGCGGUGCGAUCACAAAACUUGGCAGAAAACGCUCAGAAAAAUGGCUAUUUCGAUAAAGAAAUAACACCAGUGGAAAUAGUCGAUCGCAACGGGACCACAUUGUUUGACAAAGACGAGUACAUAAAAACUGGAGCCAAGAUUGAAAAUUUGCAAAAGUUGAAAUCUUGUUUUAUCAGUGAUGGUACUGUAACACCGGGAAAUGCAUCUGGUAUUAAUGAUUCCGCUGCUGCAGUAUUACUUAUGUCAGAACAAGAGGUGCAGAAGCGGGGUUUAGUACCUUUGGGCAAAAUUGUGGCUUGGGCACAAACUGGUAUAGAGCCCAAAGUUAUGGGCAUUGGUCCAGUUUCAGCAGUUAAUGCAGUGCUUGCAAAAGCCAAAUGGACGAAGGAUGAAGUUGAUUUAUAUGAAUUAAAUGAAGCAUUUGCUGCCCAAUCAUUAGCUGUUCUAAAGGGCCUAGGUUUGGAUGAAGCAAAAGUGAACAUUAAUGGAGGAGCCAUUGCCUUAGGUCAUCCUAUUGGAGCUUCCGGAGCCCGUGUACUAGUCACUCUCCUAUAUGCACUCGAACGUACCGGUGGGCGCAAAGGUGUUGCCAGUCUUUGUAUUGGUGGAGGAAUGGGAAUUGCUAUGGCUGUGGAACGUGUAUAAAUAAAAUUGUGCAUUGUUAUUCUAAAAACUUUUUUUACGAUAGAUUUUAUUGUAAUUGUGAAUUUGAAUGCAUGGUUUGAGUCGGAAUUUUUGAGUUACUUUCAAGUUGGAAUUCACGUUGGAAUUCAUUUUACAAUAAAAUCUAUAGGAAGAAAUAUAUAAAUUGUUGAACCAAUUAUGUAUUGUAAUA